AUGCUUCCGGACGUCAGUAUCGGCGGUACUGCUCCUAACAUGAGCCAUAAGGCGAUGAAGGUUCGGGAACUUCGUUGUAGGAACUUUGCCGUCCUGCAAAUGAUGCAAGCGGUCUCCCUCGGACUGCUCGCACAGAAUGCAGCUGUAGCCUUCGUCUGGAUCCUCGGAAUGCCGGCCUUCGGCGGCACGCUCGAACUUCUUUUCUGCGGUGUGGAAGUUGCCAUUCAAAUGGUUGAGCAACUGGCCCUCAUUGGGGUAUUCGAAUGCCUGUCUGAGCUGUUAGUGGCGCGCACUUUGAUCGUGGAGCAGUGUAUUCGACUGACCUUUAUCUGGACCGAGACCGUCUCAUCUUCGAAGCACUCCGGCGGGCAUGUUCUGUCCCUCUCGCUCCAAGGAAUUUCGACAUCAUUCACCGAGUUAUUUGAGGGUAUCUCCAUGACCGAGGUGGCGAAUUCCUGA